AUGGCUGGAAGACGUGAAAAGGGAUCUACAGGAAAUGGGUAUCGAAGAUUGGAAAAGCAAAGCUGCCGACCGCACCCAAUAGAAAACCAUGAUGACCGUAUAAUAGUUGAAUACUUUUACUGUAUCACAACGGAUGAUGUUGAAAGAGUUAGUGAAGGAUGUUCCGUGAAUUAUGAUGCCGUUCUGUUGUAUGACCAGGAUGACAUCGAUUUCGCUAUCCAAGUUUUGGAAACCACGGAAAAAGAUUAUAAUAUGAGAUUCAUUUGUAAAGAUCGUGAUUUAGUAGGAGGGGGACUGUAAAUGGACAAAAUGAUCACUCUGAUUACAGAGCGUUGUAACAGAGUGGUUGUUAUUUUAUCAGAUAAUUUUUUUAAAAUUUCUGUGAAUGAUUAUUUGGUCAGAUUUGCACAUGCCUUUGGGAUAGAUAAAGAAAGAAAAAUUGCGCCUAUUGUUUAUAAAGACCUAACAAUUCAACUUGCUAACAUUAAAUACAUGUUUACUUUAAACUACAAACGCAUGGCGCAUUUUAAUUUUUGGGACCGUUUGCGAGAUAGCAUAAGAGUUGGAGAUCUUGAAAAAAUGAAAGUCACGAGAUCUAAAUCUGAUAAAGGACAGGCAAUUAGAUCAGUUGUUCAAGAAAAUAAGGAGUGCAGAUUAAAACCAAUACAUCAGGCUGUAAAAUAUCAUAGUAACAGUGUGGGUAACUUGAAUAAUUUGGAUGUCAUAAAUGAACCACCUCUAAACCCAAGCACAAGUGCUGAUAAUUUAGAAAAGAUUUCAGAUACUAAGAAAAAGAAAAAACCUGGUUGGUUUAAAACGUUUAAAGAACAUUUAAAAAAGGAAAAAAAUGAUUGUAUGAAACAAGAAACUAAGAAAAGCAAGCAUUUCUUCAAAAAACACAUAAAGAGAGCCACCGCUGUUGCCAAUUAA